GCUGUGGCAACGCAUUGAAUUUCGUGACCAUGGCAGCUCUGAGUGGCUGGGCUCUAAGUGACUGUGGCAGCUCUAAGUUUUGUCUUUUGUGGCUCCACUUCAUUCCUGUGGCAGCGCAUCAUGGCUGCCGCUCGUGAACCGCAGGGCUCCCCGCCCUCGAGCAAACGUUUGUCUGCCAAUCCUAUGAUUUCGGUUGCUGAUAUCCAAGGCGCCCUGAACACGUUCUUGCGCGAUGAGUGCCCGAAUCGUGGCAUACAUGGGUUUCUAAAAGUAGGCAUCGACCACAAAGUGACGUGGCGCGCAGCUCCCACGGCGAACGUCCUGGCAAUGGUGAGCCCCCUUUUCGUUGCGUUGGCACCGAUCAUCCAGAACUGAGUCGCGCCAGGAUUGAAGCUCGAGAAGUCCUUCGUCGCGUGCGACGAGCGGAAGGAGGCAAAUUUCACGGCUGUUUCCGCCACGGACUGGUCCAACAACAGCAUGGCCGAGGCAAUCAGGAUGCUUUGGAUGGAUUUCCGCACAGUAAACGUUAGUUCCGAGGCUCGGAGGCGCUGUUUUUCGGGAGCGUCAACCACCGAGGUGGAACAGAUCAGGAAAGUCCUAGACCUUCUGACGCACUUGCCUUAGGACACGAACGACAAAAAGAACGGCAAGACAGACGAAACCAGCAACCGGGAGACGUUCCAGUCCACGCCCGACGCCCCAGGAGCGAGGUACAGUCGGGCUUCGAGCUCGGAGAAGCUCCCAGGCCCCAAACUGGUUGAAGUCGCUUCGGAGAUCGGGAAGGAGGAAGAGUACGAGUCCCUCACGGAUAAGUUCGCGAUUGAUUUGGCGAUUGCUUUUGCGGACAUCGAUUCGCUUUCGGCGCCCACCAGCUCGGCUCCGCAGCAAGUCUCGGCAGUGCAGCGCCCGCGUGGCGUGGCCGAACUCGACUGGGACAUGCUGACGGCGGUCAUGGAGAAGUCCGCGGAGGCCCCGGACACACCAAUUCGCACCCCCAAGCCGAUGAAGCGCAAAGGCAAAGGCACGGGCAACGGUAAGGGCGAGGGCGCGAGCAAGGGAACGAGCAUGGCGUCCACGGGCAAGAAGGGCAAGGGCACGAACAAGGGCACGGGCAAGGGCAAGGGCACGAGCGAGAGCCUGAGCAAAGGCAUGCGCAAGGGCAAAGGCAAGAAGACCAAGGGUGCGAGCAAGAGCACAGCGAAGGCCAAGGCGAGACCGCAGCGUCUUGAUGGACGUACCAGCACAGCAAUCGCCUCGCCCUUGAUGGACGCAUCGUCUCUCGGGAUUCCAGGGGGGCCGACCGAGGGCCCAGAGGCGCCGCCAAUCACCAAGGUCGAGAGGCCGUGCACGAGCGAAGGCGGCGGCGGCAAGAACGACUACUGGAGGCCCGAGACCGAUGAGCUCCGCAAGCAGCGCCGCGGGAACGGAUGCGGGUGCUCCAAUUGCAGGCGGAAGGGGCAUUGCACAACGUGCAAGGAGCUUCACGGCGAGGCGUCGGCCCAGCCGACCUAAUUCUUCGGCGCAGUGCAUCUGCGCGCGGGUGGGGCUCGCGCAAGUCUGCUCCGGG